CACUAUCGAUUUUUGGUUUCAGGUGGUUUUUCGCCAAAAUGUCACGUCAAAACCCUGUCCGAAGCACUCGCGGGAAUUCACUCAGAGCUCGGGAAGCUCAGCAGGCACAAGAUGCUCCGUUGUUUCAGGAAUCCUCCAGCAACGUCUUCGUGGUGGAAAAAGUGUUGAAUAAACGGUUGACGCGUGGCGGAAGCGAGUACUAUAUAAAAUGGCAGGGAUUCCCAGAGUCCGAGUGCAGUUGGGAGCCAAUUGAGAACCUCCAGUGCGAUAGGAUGAUUCAGGAAUACGAGAAGGAAGCGGCAAAGCGCACAACACGCAAACGUCGAUAUUCCCCACAACCGUCGACUUCGUCUUCUGCAGAGCUCCAACCAUCUACCAGCGAUGAAUGGGCUGGGAAAACACUGAAGACAAUUAUUGGAAUCACCAAGGCACCCGGAGAACUGCAUUUCUUGUGCAAGUUCAGCGACGACUCUGUGCAUUUGAUUCCAUUGAGAGAAGCCAAUGUUCGUUUUCCAAGUCAAGUCAUCAAAUUCUACGAAACCCGUCUUGUUCUUCAAGGAGUUUCGCCAACCAUCCCAGGAGGAAUGAGCUAAUUUAAUUUCAAAAAUUAUAUCGCACCCUCUCCCCUUCCCAUAAUUUGAUUGUUCUCUCAGUACGUUUCGUGAAUUUUCUCGCUGAGAUUUCGUUGAUGAAGGACUUACUCUUUGUUCGCUUCCCAUUUUUCUUAACAAAUUUUUGAACUUUUUAUAUUAAAUUUUUUCACAUCAUUUUGUUUUUUCCUUUAAUAAAUUAUUUAAAUAUU